AUGUUGGACCCACUGACGGCGUUGGGUCUUGCUACCAACAUUGUCCAGUUUGUGGACUUUGGGCUCAAACUAUUCAGCACGUCGAUUGAGAUUGCACGGUCGGCAAAAGGCGCGACCUCCUUAAACCUCGAACUCGAACACGCGUACACGACACUCUGCAACUUUGCGUCCGACCUCCAGUUCACGGAUGACGGUGCGUCCGAUCGGCCACCAGUCAGCGGCAGUGCUGCGGUGGACACACUCGGCAAGGCGCAUGCCAAGGCGAUCCGACCGCACAUUGCCGCCAUCGAGGGCAUCGCGGCGGACUGCCAGGAUGUGUGUCACCAGCUUCUGCAUGUUGUGCGCGGCCUGCGCGUGGAUCCAGGCUCGUCCAAGCGUCGUCUCAAGAGCGUUGCUGCGGCUAAUACUUGGCUGGAAUCGCAGCAGUCAAGCGGAUUCAAAGACAUAGCCGGCCGGCUUGACGUUUUGCUGCACAAGAUCCAAGCUCUGUCGACACAUUCAACAGACAAGACAGCACAGCCCGUCUCCAUACAGACGAUACACGAAUCAAAACCACAACCUGUCCGCCCGGCGGACGUCGAAGGCCUUUCUGACAUUGUAAACGACCUGAGUCUUGCAGAAGAUGACAUUACUUUGGCAGUAUGGGUACAAGAUCUCCUCAAAAGCCUUCAUUUCAAAGCACGCAGGCAUCGACACGAAGCCAUACCCGACGCCCACAAGGCUACUUUCGAAUGGAUCUUUUCCGACGAAAGAAACACGGGUAAACUAGAUGCCGUCUCAGGCAACGUUUCGACUGGUCCAGUCGUCUUUGAAAAUUCUGAUAACACGGCUGCAUCAGACAGUUUUACGACGUGGCUCAAGUCUGGCCGAGGCAUAUUCUGGAUCAGCGGUAAGCCCGGCUCUGGCAAGUCGACACUGAUGAAGUUCAUUGCAGACCAUCCGAGGACGCGAGAGUUGCUUCAAACCCAGGCCGCGGGAAAACGGCUGAUUGUUGCAUCGCACUACUUUUGGAAUGCCGGGACAGAGAUGCAGAAAUCAUUCAAGGGUCUUUUGCAGCAAUUGCUCCUCGAUAUCUUGAGCCACUGCCCCGAGCUGGCGCGGAACGUGUUCCCACACCGUCUGUCAAAGUCGACUGCGGCGCCUUGGUCGGUCAACACGAACUACACGUUCAUGUCUGCGGACGACGAGUGGACCAUCCGCGAGCUGCGCCAAGGGCUGCUGCAGAUUGCCCAGCAUCCUGCGAUGCCGAUCCGCUGCUGCUUCUUCAUUGACGGCUUGGACGAGUAUUGUGGCGACGAAAACUCCGGGUACCACCUCGAGCUGUGUGAGGUGAUCAAAAGCCUCGCGGCAUCCGACAGCAUCCAGUGCUGCGUGUCGAGCCGGCCAUGGAAUGUCUUUGAGGACGCAUUUGGUAGGAACAGCGGACCGAAUCCAAUGUUACUUCAAGUGCACACGCUCACAUACAACGACAUUCUCCUCUUCACCGAGAGUCGCCUGCAGAGCAUCGCCCAGUGGGAAGCCAUGGGCAUCAAUGCUGGCCAGGUCGCGACCCUCGUCAAAUACAUUGCCGAGAACGCCCAGGGCGUCUUUUUGUGGGCAUUUCUCGUCUCAAAGUCGCUCCAAGACGGCGUCAUUGACGGCGACACCUUUGACGACAUCAAGCGACGUUUGAUGGCCAUGCCGACCGAAUUGGAGCCCUUUUUUAAACACAUGCUAGGCCGUGUCGAUGCGGUUCACCACACGUACAUGGCACAUGCACUGCUGGCGGCCGUAGAUGCAUACGAAUCCAUCUUGGGGCUCAUGGUGUGUCACGUUCUCGGCUACGAGCUUGAAGACCCCAACUACGCGCUGACCUGGCCACCGGAUUUUGACAUUGCGCGGUUUGAGUCGCGUCCAGAACUCGCCGACGCGUGCCGACGCAGGGUGAAUGCCCGCUGUGGUGGCCUCGUGCACUGCUUCAAUUCGCACGUCGGGUUUAUCCACCGCACCGUCUACGACUUUCUCAAGACACGCGCAAUGCGCGACUACCUCGAGAGCAAAGCGAUGCCGGGCUUCGUACCCACCGUGGCCAUACUCAAAGCCAUCUCUUUUCUCUUCCGCUGUGCAGCGCGCACGGUUGCCAUGUCCACCAACACCGCGGAUGUUGCAUACAUGGAAGUGCUGUUCCUUCAAAGUCUCGCCUACACCGGUCUUGCAUGGAACGAAGACGAAAAAACAACAACGCGCCUGGUGGAUGCCAUUUCAAACGUUCAGCACGACGAGCCCUUUGGAACGUAUCCUACUUUGCAGGUGGCCGUUGACAGGAUCGUCAAUAGCCGUGUCGUUUUCAAAGCCGAUGUAGACGAUCCAUCAUCCAGUUCCGGGCCCAAGUCGAGUAUGGCCAAAGAACCCAUGCUGCCACCCCCCGGGCUGCGCCACGCGUUUCUGGAUCCACAUGUCACGCCGUAUGUCGUCGCAAAGCUGCGAAGCAACCAAUCCUACUUCGAUGCCGGCGGCGUGUCUCUCUUGGGCACGGCGGUUCGUCAUCUCGGGUGGAUCGAUGCACGCUUGGUAGCCAUUUUCCUCGAGGCGGGUUGCGACCCGAAUGAACGCAUCCUCUCGGGGGCUACCACGACGUCGCCGUAUGACAUCGUGUCGUGUACUGCCACGACUACGCCGUGGAGGUUUCUGCUCGCUUCUGUGGAUGCGAACUCGGUAAUAGGUUUCUCGAGCCGUGGUGUGGCCAGCGUGCUCGCUCUCUUUUUGCGGCACGGCGCAAGUCGAGCACCGAUCUUCAGAGCGAGUGGCACAGUCUAUAGCUGUGUCGUCUACCGCUUCCUAGAUGCCAACCUCGGCGUCCGCAACACCUCGUCGAGGCCCGAGGCACCCCAGAGCCCCAAUAGCAGACUGGAGCUCCGCGCCGUCUUUGAGCUUGUCGACGUCUUCCUCGACACGUCUGCCGACAACAACAGAGUCCAGAUGAUAGACAUUCUUCACUAUAUCCGUACGUGGGACGCAUUUCCACCCAGAGCCGUGUCGGAGGCAGACCGGGUGGCAACGGUUGCGUUUGUGGAAAAGAUGAUUCGCAUGGCUGUCGAGCUGCGUCUGCCGGCCGCUGUGAUUUCUCCACUAAUGACCAGCGUAGUCAUUUGGCAGCAUCUGUCACCAAGCGUUCUCGCGGAUAUUGAGACCUACACGCGGUCGCAUGUAAAAUCGGACCCUGAUAACCCGGUUACCCCGUGCGAUUCGGAAACGGCAAUGUUGAAGCACCCGUCCCAUGACGACGACAUCGAGGAAGCUAACUAUUCUGCAAAGAAGGCUAUGUUAGGACAAUCCUUUCAGAUGUAUAAUUCCGACUUGUUGUAG